GGGCGGAAGCCCAAAGUGGAUUGACCCUCUGAGAAGAAUGGGCCGAGUGGGCUGGGGAGGAGCCUUGGAGGGUUCCGCGUGGGGCAUGCUAAGGCUUGGAAUCACCACGGCACUGGGGAUAUCUGGACGUGGGAGAGGUUGUUUCGCGAUGGCAGCCGCUCCUCCCCUAAAUUUGGAAUCGAGUGUGUUUUCUGACAUUUGAGCAAAGGACCAGGGGUUAGUUGGAGAGAAAACGUCCUGGAGUAACUGGACUGACAGACCAUAGAAAUGAGCCCUGCAGAAGCCCUUGAUGAUGAAAAUACGUUUAAAAUCUUAGUUGCCACUGAUAUUCAUCUGGGAUUUAUGGAGAAAGAUGCAGUCAGAGGAAACGAUACAUUUGUCACAUUUGAUGAAAUUUUAAGACUUGCCCAGGAAAAUGGAGUGGACUUUAUUUUGUUAGGUGGUGAUCUUUUUCAUGAAAAUAAGCCCUCAAGAAAAACAUUACAUACCUGCUUGGAGUUAUUAAGAAGAUACUGCAUGGGUGAUCGUCCUGUACAGUUUGAAAUUAUCAGCGAUCAGUCAGUCAACUUUGGUUUUAGUAAGUUUCCAUGGGUGAACUACCAAGAUGGCAAUCUCAACGUUUCGAUCCCCGUGUUUAGUAUUCACGGCAAUCAUGAUGAUCCCACAGGGGCAGAUACACUCUGUGCCCUGGAUAUUUUAAGUUGUGCUGGAUAUGUAAAUCACUUUGGACGUUCAAUGUCUGUGGAGAAGGUAGACAUUAGUCCAGUUUUGCUUCAAAAAGGAAGCACAAAAAUUGCGCUAUAUGGCUUAGGAUCCAUUCCAGAUGAAAGGCUGUAUCGAAUGUUCCUCAAUAAAAAAGUGACAAUGUUGAGACCAAAAGAAGAUGAGAAUGCUUGGUUUAAUUUAUUUGUGAUUCAUCAGAACAGGAGUAAACACGGAAAUACUAACUUCAUUCCAGAACAAUUUUUGGAUGACUUUAUUGAUCUCGUAAUCUGGGGCCAUGAACACGAGUGUAAAAUAGCUCCAACCAAAAAUGAACAGCAACUGUUUUAUGUGUCACAGCCUGGAAGUUCAGUGGUUACUUCUCUUUCCCCCGGAGAAGCUGUAAAGAAACAUGUUGGUUUGCUACGUAUUAAAGGAAGGAAGAUGAAUAUGCAGAAAAUUCCUCUUCACACAGUGCGGCAGUUUUUUAUGGAGGAUGUUAUUCUGGCUGAUCACCCAGACAUUUUUAACCCAGAUAAUCCUAAAGUGACCCAGGCCAUACAGAGCUUCUGUUUGGAGAAGAUUGAAGAAAUUCUUGAAAAUGCUGAACGGGAACGUCUGGGAAAUUCUCAACAGCCAGAUAAGCCUCUUAUACGACUGCGAGUGGACUACAGCGGAGGUUUUGAACCUUUCAGUGUUCUUCGCUUUAGCCAGAAGUUUGUGGAUCGAAUAGCUAAUCCAAAAGAUGUUAUCCAUUUUUUCAGGCGUAGAGAGCAAAAGGAAAACAUGGGAGAAGAAAUCAACCUCGGGAAGUUCAUUACUAAACCUUCAGAAGGAACAACUCUAAGGGUAGAAGACCUUGUAAAACAGUAUUUCCAAACUGCAGAGAAGAAUGUGCAGCUCUCACUUCUGACGGAAAGGGGAAUGGGUGAAGCAGUACAAGAGUUUGUAGACAAGGAAGAGAAAGAUGCCAUAGAGGAAUUAGUGAAAUACCAGUUGGAAAAAACACAGCGAUUUCUUAAAGAACGUCAUAUUGAUGCCCUAGAAGAUAAAAUCGAUGAAGAGGUACGUCGUUUCAGAGAAAGCAGACAAAAAAAUACUAAUGAAGAAGAUGAUGAAGUUCGAGAGGCCAUGACUAGGGCCAGAGCCCUCAGAUCUCAGUCUGAGGACUCGGCUUCCACCUUUGGUGCUGAUGACUUCAUGAGUACAGAUUUGGCAGAACAGGUGGCUGAUGACUCUGAUGAUAGCAUCACAGCAGAAGCCAACAAAGGAAGGGGUCGAGGAAGAGGCCGAAGAGGAGGAAGAGGACAGAAUUCAGCGUCAAGAGGAGGGUCUCAGAGGGGAAGAGCAGGCACUGGUCGGGAGACUUCUACUCGAGGCAGAAGUUCAAAGGCUACUGCGUCAACAUCUAGAAAUAUGUCUAUUAUAGACGCCUUUAAACCUACAAGACAGCAGCCCUCGCGAAAUGUUGCUACUAAGAAUUAUUCAGAGGUGAUUGAGGUGGAUGACUCCGAUGUGGAAGAAGACAUUUUUCCUACCACUUCAAAAACAGGUCAAAGGUGGUCAAACACAUCAUCAUUUUCAAGCAACCCCAUGUCACAGAGCCAAGCAGCUAAAGGGAUCAAUUUUGAAUCAGAUGAGGACGAUGAUGAUGAUCCUUUCAUGAACACUAGUUCUUUAAGAAGAAACAGAAGAUAAUUAUUUAAUGGCACUUUGUAGUUUUCAAGAUUCAGGAAAAAUCAAAACAUUGCAGGCUAAGAGUUUACUGUAGAAGAAUUUAAAGUAUUGCUGUUAACUGAAGAAUCUGAAAGAGACUUACUUAACAGAGAGAGAAUGUAUAAGAAUUUCUGGUUCUGAGCACCAUUUCCUGAGGAUGGCUCCAUUACUUACUUGAGGACAUCCCAGCUCAAGGACAUAUAACUUGGCUGUGGUUUUUCUCAUUUUUAUAUCUGGUUAUUAAUGUUACGUGGUGAUGCUCUAUAACAUUUAGACUGUUACUUUCCUGACAUAUAUUAGUGUAUAUUUUAGAGCUUUGCUUAAAUAUUAAUCUUGAAUAGUGAUUAAAAUCAAUGUGCCAUUGUACAUUUCUGCUUCACAAAGACUGCAUCAGUAUUUUAAUGUACUUUAGCCACAGUUGAGAAACAGAGCUUAUAAAACUUAAUCUCUUUAUAAUUUUAAUAAUUUCUAAGGAUUCUCUAUUUGCUGAAGAUAAAACACUCCCUGUGAAACUGUGCCUAAUCUCACUGUUUGUUAGUGAGUAUGUGUUCUCUUUCUAAUGGUUGUGAUAGCAUUAGCCAUGGAGACUGAGAUGAUUAAGAUGUACCUUAUAUUUUGAGUAAUUGGAUAUGUUUGUAUAAAAAAAUAAAACAGAUGAUCAGAAUUAUUGACUUUUUAAUAUUUAUUUGUAAAAGAUUAUGUUCCAGUGGAUGGUGGUUAUUUUCUCCAUUCUUCAUUCUUCAUGAUUCUCCCUGUAUCUCUCUCAUCUGUUUCUAGGAAGAAAAGAAAGCCUUAAAAGGCCCCUGAGAGUAUUCCUUCUUUUCACCUGGGAAACAGCUGUAUUUAAAGACUGCUCAUGGAAGGUAUAGGUCUUGGCAGUGCAGUAGUCUGGCAUUUCCUCACGUGCAGAAACAAACACUUGACUGGGCAGUAUUCAUGUUUAUUGGCAUAGGCAUACCUGAAAUAUGUCAGAUUAUGAAAGAACAUUUGCAUAGUGGCUGCCUUUAUACUAUACCUCUGAAAUGACCUAAGUCAAGAAUUGUGAUGUAACAUUGUAAUGAGUUUCUUUAAAAAUAUUUUCUGUACCUAACUUGAGCAUAAGGAUUAUUUUAGCAGGCAGCAUUAACUCAAUGGAAGAAGGCAUUGUCCUGUGAAAUGUUCUCAGGCACCUCUGCGCACCUUUAACGUUCCCAGUGUCUGAAUGAAGCAGAGGUGAAGGAAGGAACAAGAGUUGCCCUGCACGAGGGAAUGGAAGCCAGUGUGGGUGGCGGUCUCUGGGUGGUGCCGCCCCUGCACAGGGCAGCAUCAGGUCCUGGCUGUUCACACCUGCCACUGAGGUACAUGUGCCUGGGUGAGUGUCAUAGUGAGGGAGGUGGCUGCUGAGGCGUCCUGACAGGUUCCUGAGAAAAAUGAAUAAGGCUUUCUCCCUUUCUAAAAUUGUGCUCUACACUAUGAAAGAGGCACUACGUGUGAUGCAGUUAGCUCCUAGGAAAAGUGAUUCCACAGCUGAAAGGUGAAAUUCCCUUGAACUAGUCAUUUUGUCACUAGUGUGUCACUUACUGGAAAUAUGGAAAAUAAAACAUGAAAAAAAAUCAUUUGGAAGAAUAUCGUUGCACAGUUAAGUGUGCCAUAUUAUUCUUGGUAUUCUGUAUCGAUGUAGUGCAGUCGAGGGGUUUGGGACAGUUUCAGACAUGUUAGCAUGGGUGUGUAGAGGUGAUUCUGGAUGAUUGUGGAGAGCCAGCUGUUGCCAUUGAAGGCUGAGAGCAGCAAUGAAAACAUCCUGAGGAGAAAAUCUUUCUGUCAUUUACCAGAGAACAUACCUCUUUCUCAUCUUUUGUUCCCUAUCAUAAAAAACAAUAGUGCAUUCACAAGGUAAUGGACACAUUGCAGUUGUAGGAAAAAUAAGUGGUGGAAAAUUCAAGCAUGUAGGCAUGUAACUUUUCAUUUGGGCACAUAUACCUUUUCUAAACCUUUAAAAUUGCAAAAUACAGUGACAGAAAAGUCACAUGGUUUAACAAAUAAUUACGAAGUGAGCACUCAUGGCAUCUCUGCCACUCAGGAUGUAGACUGUCCCAAGUGCCUGGAAGCCUGCUGAGUGAGUUCUCUCUUUUGAGGAACUGCCUGCCUUGACUGUAAUUGAGAAGCUCUCUUUUUUUGCCACAAGGUGGUGCUUCCACCAUUAGAUGGCAGAUAGGAUGAUGCAACUGCAAGUCUACAAUUAAGUUAGUGUAGUUUUGCAGUAAAUUUGGAACCUAUGCAAUAAUACUCUCCCUAUGCAGUAAUACCAAAAUUAGCCUUCUAAUCUUAUAUGUACAUUGUUUUACCUAUGUCACCUGGCUCUGCCUGUUACUAAGGGAAUUGCCAAUUUCAUAAAUUUUACAUAUAAAAAAGUUCAAGAAGAAACUUUUAUGCUUUAAUAAACAAAGAGAAAAACCCUUUAUUAGAAACACUGAAUUAAAAAGUCUCCCAUUGAGCCCUGGCUGGCUGGUUCAGUUGGUUGGAGUGUUGUCUCUUAUACCAAGGGUUGUGGGGUUUCAUUCCCCAUCAGGGCAAAUACCUAGGUUGUGGGUUUGAUUCCUGGUCUGGGCUCAUGCAGGAGGCAAAUGAUCGAUGUUUCUCUCUCUUGUUACUCCUCUCUCUGAAAGUCAAAGUAUAUCCUUGGGUGAAGAUUUUAAAAAAAUUCUCCCAUUGUAAAAUUUUACUGUUGAAAUGUACUGUUUAAAAAUAUCUUUCCCCCAGUAUAAUCUGAUGUCCUUUUUUAUAUCUAUUAUAUAUUCUUAGUAUUUUGUGUUUUCUUGUAAAGCUAACUACUAUUAAGAUUAUUAUAAAAGUUUUAUAGAAUAAAGACUUGUUUUUUUGAGUCCAAAGAGCUUCCAUGUUCUUGAAUAAAAAAUGUCCACAUUUCAGCAUAUGCUUACCUCAUUCCCUUUUAAUAUUUUUGAACUUAAUGUUUAUUAGCUAGAUCUGAAAACACUAGAAUUUUAGUUUGAUCUCUGUGAGCCAGUUCCAGUGCUCACAGAUUGCCAUGCACAUUUGUGUAUCUUUACCAUGACUGAUCACUAACUCUGAUUUUAAUUGUUGUAAGGGCAACCCAUAUUCUCAAAGUUCAGACAUUGAAAGAUGUAUCAAAACAUGUGUCCUCUCCCCUGAAAUCCUCUUCCCUCUCAACAGUUAGGUACAUAUUUCUCCAAUUACUAUUCUCUGAAUGACUACUAACAAAAAUUAUUGAAUAAGAACCCCAAAUUGUAUAGUCAAAUAUUUUAGUUCCCAUAUCAAGGCAUAUAUGUUCACCUUCAUAUUUAUCUUGACAUUCUGAGUGUUCCACAUCUAUUUUUUUCCUUUUUUUUUUUAUCUUUCAAAGACAAAAUUUUAACCCACAUUUCUCACACUGUAUUUCAUCAGGUUGCCACUCUUAAGACACUACAAAACCCUACACUAUUCUCCAGUCUGAAAGGCAGACACAUAUUGAGAUUUUGAAGGCAUUUACACAAAAGUAGUUAAACUACAAUGCUUUUACCACCUGCAAAUAUGACAUACAAAUGGACAUUUAUGAGUUUCUGGAAACAGCAAGCAUAGAGAAAUAUUUAUUUACCUUUUACCAGAAUUCGCCAAUUUUUAACAUUCUGACAUUUAAAAAAUUCUUUGUGUGUAUGGUACAUACACAUAUUUAUAUACACAUUUAACUUUUUUCAACCUUUUGAGGGAAGUUUCCAAAGGGCAGUUAAUGCUUUUAUCCCUUUAUACUGAAGCAUAUAUUCCCUAGGAAUAAGGAUUAUGUCUUAAAUAGCAACAGUAUAGUUACCAAUUUCGGGAACUUUAAUACUGAUUUAGCAGUUUAUAGUCCAUAGUCCAGUCUUUUCAGUUGUCUCAAUAAUUUCCUUACACAGCAUGUUUUUCUUUGUAGUCUAAAAUUUAAUUCUAUUUUUUGAAUUUGUGGAACAUUACCGUGCUUCCAGAAAUCUAAACCAUUCAAAAUGUGUACUCAAAUCUUAGCUCCCUUCUCUAUCCUUUUCACUCCUUUCUGCUCCAUUGGUCUGUCUCUCCAUUCACCGGUAGCACGGGUUCAAACACGGAGGCUGUGGAAUGUGUUUUAGUGUCUGAUAGGGCUAAUCACCCCUCAUAGUCUUUUAUUUUCCAUGUUUGCCAUAGUUUUUCAGUUUCAGUGUUUCAGUGUUCUUCUGUGUUUGUUUUUCCAAAUGAACUGCACUGUCAGUUUCCUAGUUCCAGCAGCUGCACGACCUCUUUCCUGGGACUUUAUGUCUGACAUCCAUGGUGCAGCCUGUAUCUGUAGUUUGGACUUUCGUUGCUUCUCAUAACUUACACUCCCACCAGGGAUACAGGCGUGUCCUAGGUGCUCCCUGUCCUUGCAAUACUUGGUAUUGUCAGUCUUUUUUUUUUUAUUGUGGCUUUAAUUUUCAUUUCUCUGAUGAUUGAUGAUGAGGAACAUUCAAAUGUUUUGGGGAAUUUUGAAUCCCUUUCUGAUACGUGUUCACCUUGUGCCCAUUUUUAAAUAGGUUGUCUGCCUUCUUAAACUUGAUUCCAGGAGUUAUAUAUAUUAUUUAGGUGAUAUUCAUAUAUUUUAAAAUUCCUGCAUUAGAUAUAUGUAUUGCAAAAUCUUCUCCAGUCUGUAUCUGGCCUUUUCCUUCUAUAAAUGGUAUCUUGUAGAACAGAAGUUCUUAAUUUUAAUGAAGUCCAUUGUAUCAAUGGUUAAUGUUUUGUGACCUGUUUGAGAAAACUAUUUUCUGUCCUAAGAUCAAAGAAAUUCUGUUAUCUUCCAGAAGCUUAUGUGAUCAUCUUUCACAUUUUGCUCUGCAGUCCAGCUGGGAAUCGAUUUCUAUGUGUGGUGUGGGAGAGGCACUUUGUUUCACUUGCACCAGCAGUGUUUGGUAAAGUGACUGUCUUUUCCCCCU